UCGGAAGAGUAGGAGAAAAGACAAAGACCUUUUUUCUGUCACUGCGCGAAAUCAACACCACUGUAUCACGAACAGUGUAACCCGUACCUGUCUCGAGAGCGGAUAGUACUUUUAAUCCCGCGAACGAGCGUGAAAUCAACUGCGUAUUUAAUAAUCGGUUCAAGAAACAACAGUGAUUAACAAUAUACGAACGGUCGACGGCCAUGGAUAGUGCGGGAUCCGCUCGCCACCCGUUGGCAGUGGCGAUAAUAGCCAUGGCGAUCUCACUUAGCUGCGCGGCCGCGGUGUACGGCGGGACCGGACACAGUCCUGCAGGCAACACCGCUCAGUCGUCGCUACUGACCAACUUACCGCAACCGCAGUUACCGAAAUUUCCGGUGAUCUACACAUACGGAAAACACCGGUCGCCGCGACCACCUACGACGAAUCCUCCGACUACUCCGCACAAUAAACAGCAAGAGUCGCAGCGACCACCACAGCAACAGCCACAGAAACCAACUAAGCCACUGCAGAAGCGCCCGCCAAAACCGACGGUGGACAAACGACCGGACGGACGAGAUCCGUACCAGUCGUCAGCAAACGCAUCUGUGACAACUUCACCGAGACCGAAGCUGGAGACGACCACACAAGAUCGGUCCAUCAUCACGGUGCCGCUGAAAGGUUGCCCUGAUGGUCAACGGAUGAGCCCCGACCGGAUCUGCAGACCCAAGUUUCCCGACCCCGAGGACGACGAAUCCAAUUAGUCGAUCGGCCGAACGGCGCCAAACCAUUGUAGUGAAUGCACUGAACGUCGAUUCAGCAAAUAUUUGUAUGCUAUUUAUUUUAUAGACAUUUUGUUUUUACCCCACUCUAUUGCAUGUAAAAUACAUAACAAUAUCAUGUA